ACUUAUUAAAUAGGUUGAAAUAUGGUAAGGAAGAAAAUAGAUAAUAGAAUAAGAGUAGCGAUCGAAAACAAUGUCCUUUUUGGGCACAGGUCCUUAUUUGUUAUAGUCGGAGAAAAAGCUAAAGACCAGGUCGUUAUUUUACACCACAUGCUGUCAAAAGCGACAAUCAAAGCUCGACCAUCGGUACUGUGGUGCUACAAGAAAGAUCUGGCUUUCACAAACAACAGGAAGAAAAAAUUGAAAAAGCAAAUGCAAAAACGAAUGUCUUUGGGGGCAUCUGCUGCCAAUGACGUGAGCGAAGAAGAUACAUUUGCGUUUUUCCUGGCUAGCACAAACAUUCGAUAUUGCUUUUACAAUGAAACACAGAAAAUUCUGGGAAACACAUUUGGAAUGUGCGUCCUGCAGGACUUUGAAGCACUGACUCCGAAUCUGCUGGCGCGUACAGUGGAAACGGUGGAGGGAGGGGGACUGGUGGUGCUGGUGUUGCAGGAGGUCACUGCCCUAAACCAGCUGUGCACACUGAACAUGGAUGUGCAUGCCAGAUACAGGACAGAGGCUCACUCGCAGAUCGUGUGCAGAUUCAACGAGCGGUUUAUUCUAUCUUUAUCCUCGUGUGAAAGCUGUCUGGUCAUAGACGAUACUCUGAAUGUCCUCCCGGCAUCCAACAGAUCUAUCCUCAACAUCGAGAAGGUAGAAGAAGCACCGCCAUCAGAAUCAGUGGCACAACUUGAUGAAGUCAAAACCCAAUUAGCCGAAACACAGCCAAUCGGAAGUCUCGUUAAUGUGUGUAAAACACUGGACCAAGCAGAAUCGCUGUUGAAGAUGGUUGAUGUAAUCAGUGACAAAACAUUACGUCAUACUGUGUCUUUGACAGCCGCAAGAGGGCGUGGUAAAUCAGCGGCUCUGGGAUUGGCCAUUGCGGCUGCUGUGGAUUUUGGCUACUCGAAUAUAUUUGUGACGUCACCCAGUCCAGAGAAUGUGCGGACUCUGUUUGAGUUCAUCUACAAGGGGUUCGAUGUGUUGAAGUAUGAGGAACACACAGACUAUAGUUUAGUGCAGAGUACAAAUCCAAACUUCAACAAGGCCAUAAUUCGCAUCAAUAUCUUCAAGGAGCACAGGCAGACCAUACAAUAUAUAAAACCCACAGAUGCUUCGCAAUUGGGACAGGCAGAACUAGUAGUGGUGGACGAAGCAGCUUCCAUCCCUCUGCCAGUGGUUCGAUCCCUCCUCGGACCCUACCUUGUUUUCCUCUCCUCAACUAUCAGUGGCUAUGAGGGCACAGGCAGAAGUCUCUCCCUCAAACUCAUUGCACAGUUGAGACAGCAACACUCCACUGUGACUAAGAGUGGGGCGUCUGGCAGUGCGCCAGAUGACAUCUCGAGAAGUCUCACGGAGCUCACUCUAAAAGAGUCCAUCAGAUACCAGAGUGGGGACUGUGUGGAGUCAUGGCUGAAUGGUCUGUUGUGUCUGGAGAGUGACAGUGUGUUGAGGGUGAGUGCCGGAUGUCCCCUGCCAGAGAAGUGCUCCCUCUACUACGUCAACAGGGACACCCUCUUCUCAUACCACAGUGCUUCGGAGGAGUUUCUGCGACGUCUGAUGUCGAUCUACGUGGCUGCCCACUACAAAAACAGUCCCAACGACCUUCAGAUGUUAUCAGAUGCACCUGCGCACCACUUAUUUGUCCUACUGCCUCCAGUGGACCCAAAAAUCAACAAACUGCCAGAAAUUCUGGUGGUGGUGCAGGUGGCACUGGAGGGGGAGAUCAGAGAGAGCAGUGUGGAGGAUCAGUUCUCCAGGGGCAGGAGGGCGGCAGGGGACCUCAUUCCCUGGACUGUCUCCCAGCAGUUCCAGGACGCCUCCUUCGCAUCACUCGCAGGCGCCAGGAUAGUCAGAAUAGCCACACACCCGGACUACCAGCGCAUGGGAUUCGGACUCAAAGCUCUGGAACUUCUGGAAAGCUACUACUCUGGAAACUUUGUCUCUCUCAACACAAAUGAAACAGAAACCCACAAUAGUGCAGUAGCAAAUGAGUCUUCGGAGCACCCAAAGAAAGGAUCAGCACCGCUGCUGUUGAAACUUGACGAACGACCUUGCGAACACUUAGAUUACGUCGGAGUGUCGUUCGGGCUAACUGCCGAACUGUUUCGCUUUUGGAAACGACGAGGCAUGAAGCCCAUGUAUGUUCGGCAGACAUCAAAUGAUAUUACGGGAGAGCACUCUUGUAUUAUGCUGAAACCUCUGGGCGAAAACAACUCGCAAUGGUGCAAACAGUUUAAUUUGGAUUUUCAACGAAGAUUUGUAUCGCUUCUAUCGUAUGAGUUUAGAAAUUUUGCGGCUCCUUUGGCGCUUAAUAUUCUGUACUUGAAAGAUCAGAAGUGUUUAGAAAAUAUAGCUGAAGAUAAAUUGCGCUUUUUGAUGAUCCCGUAUGACUUGAAGAGACUGGAGUUGUAUGCGAAGAAUUUGACAGACUAUCACUUGAUCAUGGACUUGGUGCCAAUUUUAGCCAGACUCUACUUCACCCACCAGAUAGAAGUGUCUCUCUCUGGCAUCCAGGCCACAAUUCUGUUGGGAGUGGGACUGCAGCACAAGAGUGUGGACACUGUGGCCACUGAGCUGGACAUGCCCCCCUCCCAGACACUGGCCGUGUUCUGCAAACUCAUCAAGAAGUUCUCCCAAUCCAUGCACGAAGUGAUGGCUACUCAAAUUAAGAAAAGUAUCGAGCAAAGUCAAAGAGAGGUUGGGUCCCGAGUGAGUGAAUUGAAACCGACGGCAGUCAGUCUGGACAGAGACCUGGAAGAGGCUGGGGAGGAGGGGGAGGCUAAAAUGAAGCAGCAGAGAGACAGACUGCUGGAAGAAGACGAGGGGGAGGAGGAAGAGAUAAAGACGGAGUCGGAUGAAGUAGAAGUGAAAGUGAAAGAGAAGAAGGCGCCUAGGAAGUAUGACAUCACAGUCACCGAUGAAGAAUGGAACAGUGCUCUGGAGAAGUCAGAACUGAAGAAAAGCAUCUCUAUCCGGAGGAGUGAGUCAGCAGCUGACACACUGAGUAAAAAGAGACCCCUGGAUCCAGAAGAGUCCGUGAUAGACUCAAUACUGCAGCCAAAGAACAAGAAAGGAGACAGUCGGAAGAGUAUGAGUAGCUAUGAAGAUCCAAGUCUGAGCCAGAAGACAAUCAUAAGCAAAAAACACAAGAAGUUUCUAAGUAAACGAUCAUGAUUGUAUAAAUCGAUUUUGUUGUCUGUUAUGAAUGGACAUUUGAAUUGAAAAUUGUUUACUGGCCAG